AUGACUUCACCCUCGCCUUCUACUGGCGGCGCCUUUGACGUGUGCACUGGUGUCGAUCCUCGACGUAUCGAUACUGAAGACAUCGAUCUGCUUGGUCGUCCUGUACAGAAGCUAGUCCAACUCAUCAAGGAGCUAGAACAGCUCGGUGUUGAGGCCAGGAACCUGCCGCUACCAAAGAUCAUCGUCGUUGGCGACCAGUCUGCCGGCAAGAGCUCUCUCAUCGAAGGUAUCAGCGGCAUCAAAGUCCCACGCAGUGACGGCACUUGCACACGCUGCCCUCUUGAGAUCACCUUGUACUCCUCUCAAGACACUGCCUGGUCUUGCGAAGUUUCCCUCCAGCAGAAGUUCUCCUUCGAUCCGAAUGCCAGCACCGACGGUCGUUACGGCAAAUGGCACGAAGAUCACACACCCACAACCAUACGCUUUGCUACCGUGACUAACAAAACCGAUCUCACCGGCAUCAUCAGUCGUGCACAAUGGGCCACACUCAAUCCCGGUGACGAUCCGAAGAAGUAUCUCAAUGCCGACAUCGUCGAAGCCUUGCCGUUGGCUGUUGAGUUUGCCCCGAACAAAGUCAUUCUCGACCUGACUGCUCCUGGUCAGCCAUCGUUGUCGUUCAUCGAUCUCCCUGGUGUCAUCCGUCAGAUGACUACACACAAGGAUCAGUGGCUUGUCAAGCUUGUCGAGAACUUCGUGGCCGAUCACAUCAAGCAAGGGAAUUCGCUGAUCCUGCUUGCUCGCUCUAUGGAAUCCGACUUUGCCAACUCGAGUGGGGCUGCCCUGAUCGACCAAUGCAAUGGGGCAAUUGACCGUACCGUUGGCUGUUUGACUAAGCCUGACCGCUGGCCACCCGGCAGCAGAACUCAAAGCAUCCAGAGUGUUCUUCGUGGUGACGCAUUUGCCGUCGGCCAUGGCUACUUUAUUACUAAGCAACCUGACCAGCUCGAACUCAAUGGCGAGAUCUCUUCUGCGGAGGCGCGUAGAAACGAGAUGGCGUUUUUCGCUCAGAUGCCUUGGAGCACAGAAUUGGCCGACUUCCAGGAUUGCUUCGGAACCUUCAAGCUUCGAGACACGUUGUCAGUGAAGUUGACCAAGCAGAUCCUCGUCACCUUGCCUAGAAUCAGCAAAACUGUCAACGCUCAUCUUGAAGAGAUCGAGACGGAGCUUGCUGGUUAUCCUGACCCACCUGAGAAUGCUCUGGGCAAGGUUCUCGAGGCACUCAAUGUCUUCCGCAACUCGGUCGAGAAGCACUCGCAGGGCAUACAUCCACACAACGAGCUGCGCAACUCGCUCAAGGAGCUCAACAACACCUUCCAUGUCAGCUUGCACAAACUCCGUCCUGGUCUUAUCGUUGCCACGCCUGAGAAGUUUCGUCAAGCCAUUGACAUUCCUACCUUCUCACUGCUCUCAGACGACGAUGAGUUUGGUGGCACUCCUUGCCCCAGUUCGAGCCCGUCGACCGGAGGCAAGAAGACUUUCCGUCUGUUGGACGUCCGCGACACUCUCAGCAAGUUGACUGCCUCUGGAGUUCCUGGCGAAUACAUCGAUGCUGUCAAGGAAGAGGUUCAGACGACUCUCGAUCAGCUACUCGAGGAAGCUUGCGCUCUGUGGCUCAACACUGCCUUUUUCACCGAGGCCAAGAAGAUCAUCAAGGGUUUCGUCUCGAAAGCCAUGCUCAAGCAAUUGGAGCAUGCAAAGCGCGCACUUACCCUUGAGCAACGCAAGCCUCUCACCCUUAACGCCGAAGGAUUUAAGCACCACCAUGACCGUGAACUCAAGAUCUUGCUGGAGGGUCGCACUACCGCAAGACUCGUAGAGAAGCUUGAAAACACUGAUCGCGCCGCUGGCCGCAUUAUAGUCGAGCCAAGCGAACGCAAGAAGAAGGCCAAGACCGAUCAGAAAGCUCGCGCCGACCUCCCUGAUGACCCCUUUGGCGAAGAAAUUAAAGUCAUCGCAAAGGUCAGAGGAUACCACGAUGUCGCCCUUCUCCGAUUCCUCGACCAUGUUGUUCAGGGUGUGGAGGUGGAAGUGCUUUAUGAUCUCGAGAACAAUCUUCCUCAGCAGCUCAAGGCUGGACUUGAGGUGGAGACUCGCGAUGCUCAGGAUCGAUGCAAGGAAUUACUUGCCGAAGACGGUGAGAGGGAGAUUCAUCGCAAGACUCUUCACAAGGAGAGGGCCAACUUUAUCAUGGCUCAGCAGAAGCUUGCUCGUAUUGGUGAACAGGGUGAGAACAUUGCUUCUUUUGACCAGGCUGAGUAG